UCGAAUUGGUUUAUCAAAUCGAAGAAUGAUUAUACAAUUAAUCUUACACAUACAUGUUUAUAUAUGCAUGUAUAAAGAAGAUAGAUAUCAUAUAAUAUGAUCAUAGUUAGGUCUUGAAGCUGUAUAGCUCCACAUGUGUUUUGACAAUAUAUAAAAAUAAAGUAAAAACGACAAUAAGUGUGGCUAAUCAGUAUCUAAAGUCAUUUAAGAUUUUGGAUUAAAUGUUAUUAACAACACCUUAAGCUCUUGAAAAACCUUCUCUAUAAAAGCAGUAGCUACCUGCCCACCACCUCAAAAUAUCAACUCUCUCUCUCACUUUCAGAACUCUCCUUUUCUAUUUCUCUCUAGAAAAAUAUCCUCUAUCAAUCAUAUAGAGUAAUUUCAUUACAAUGGAGAAAAGAGAAAGUAGUGGUGGGUCUGGAUCAGGAGAUCAUGCAGAGGUGAGAAAAGGGCCAUGGACGAUGGAAGAAGAUAUGAUUCUCAUCAAUUAUAUCGCCAAUCAUGGUGAAGGUGUUUGGAACUCUCUCGCCAAAUCUGCAGGACUAAAACGCACCGGAAAAAGUUGCCGGCUCCGGUGGCUGAACUACCUCCGACCUGAUGUGCGACGGGGAAAUAUCACAGCAGAAGAACAGCUCAUCAUCAUGGAACUUCAUGCAAAAUGGGGAAAUAGGUGGUCAAAAAUUGCAAAGCAUUUACCAGGAAGAACCGACAACGAGAUAAAGAAUUUUUGGAGGACCAAGAUCCAGAAAUACAUAAUCAAGAACGGAGAAACGACGACGGUUGGAUCACAAAGCUCCGAGUUCAUAAACCAUCAUGCGACAAGCACGAGCCAUGUCUUGAAUGAUACUCAAGAAACCAUGGAUAUGUAUUCUCCAACGAUGUCGUAUCAACAUGCCAACAAUAUUAAUCAUCACCUUAACUACAGUAAUUAUGUGCCUGAAUCGGAGUCGAUCAUGAUGCCAUUAUCAGUUGAUCAAUCCGAACAAAACUAUUGGAGCGUCGAUGAUCUAUGGCCCAUGAAUUUAUAUAAUGGUAAUUAAUUAAUAAGUUAGUUAAAACCUUAUAUAUAUAUUUACGGUCCAAAGAGGGUAACAAUAUACGAGUAUUUCUAGGCCUAAUACUUAAUAUAAACAGAUAUGAGAAUAUAUGAGAAUACUAUAUGGGUUUGCCUCAUUGUUUAGAGGGAGAUUUUAUAGAUAUUUUUAUAUAUAACUCGUAUUUGCUAUAUAUAAGCACCCAUUUCCUAUUGUUAUUGCACCAAUUCGACUUUUACAUAAAUAAAACAGCGGAGUGAACCAUAUAAUUUCCGUAUUUUAAAAUAGUUGGUUAGUGCUCUCUUGUUAAAGAAUGGUCGUUUGAUGUAUCAUGUAUGUCAGUAUGUAUAAGAACACCCUGCAAUAUAUCUUAUGUUUUUUUGUCAUCA